CACAGUUUCUUCUCAACCUGUUCCCCCGUUUGCUUGUCGACUAGCCUCAGCGACAUUAUUAGCAUCAGGGGCGACCUUUAGCAAUUUGGCUGCUUCAUUUCACCAGACCUUUUGUACGGCCAGUAACGCAUAUUGGAGUACACAUUAUGAGCAACGAGGCCAGAGCAUCAGUGGACGACGAAGUUCGUCGGGCAUUGAGCAGGAUACCAGCGGCCUUUUCUGGAUAUCGCCCGUUCCCUCCACUCCUCAACCUCUACGGCAAUUCCUCUGGCAUCAUGGACGCACUGACUACGUUCAAGCUUUGCGGUGCGGCCAAGAACGAUCUCUUAUAUGUCGUCGAGGUGCAUCACGGCUUCACCCCUAGAGGACCGCUUCAUUUCAGGCCCGGCUUGUACCUACGGAACGGAACGGGUACCGAUGCCCCUAUCCUGGCGGCCGCCGGCGACGAAGCUCGAGAACCCCUUCUCAUAUCGACCUUCAGCGUCAAAAGUUUUAUCAUGCUGCCGCCUCUAGACAUUGAAGCGAACCCUCGCGACCUGAUCACCGAGAUCAUGUACGCCACAAAGACCAGCAACGGUGCCGUUUCGUUUCGCUUCGCCAUCGAGGUUGGCCCCAAGAUGAAAUGUCGAGAGCAGUUUGAGUGGAAGAAGGUUGGGACGGGCAACGCCCACAGUGGGUUCAUCCUCGUUCGGCUGGGCCCGCAGUCCGCUUCACCUUCGCCCACUCCACCUUCGCCUACUCCUUCGGCACAAGAGGAAAGCGAAAUACUUGCCGAGCUUCUGUUUGGCAACGUGAUGUCCUUGAACCACUUGUUCUCAUUGGAGCUGAAGGGGGCCGGUUGUUCGGGAGAGAUGGGUGACCGUUGGACUCUUAUGGUUGUCGUCACUGCGCUCAGGCUGUAUUGGCUGCGAGUCUAUGGCAAGACUAACAAGGUUGUCGUUGGAAUUGGGCAGAAACUUCGGGGUAGAUAGUUCUGUCCUUGGCCUGUUGGUUCUCCCGAUCUGCUAAGACCUUGGACGCCUGAAUCAGGGUGGCGCAUUUGGGCAUAGUGGGGGAGGGGUUGUUGUUAUUGUGCUUUGACACGCGCGAACUUGUAGUCUGUUGCAAAGGGAAUGUUGUAGGACCAGGAAUCAAAUGUGUG